AUGAGACAGCAAAAGUCUUGGUGGCGUCGCGAGUUGACUGGGGUUCGACUCCUCUUUAAUAUUCUAUUCCAUGGCGGUCACAUCGCUAUAUUCAUAGGAGGAUGGGUCAACCAAGUCCGAGAUAAGCGUCUCUCUGCGCUCAAUAAACUUACAUUUUCUGUAUGGAUGUCAAGAGGAGCUGGCCUCGUGCUCGCCAUCGAUGGGGCAUUGAUCCUGCUGCCCAUGUGCAGAAAUCUUCUAAAAUGGAUUCGCCCCAAGUUGAGAUUUCUUCCUCUUGAUGAAUCGGUUUGGUUCCAUCGUCAAGUAGCAUACUCCAUGCUAGUUUGGACAAUCGUUCAUACUGCGAGCCAUUAUGUCAAUUUCUUCAAUAUUGAACGGACUCAGGUUCGGCCGCUUGCAGCUGUUCAGGUCCACUAUACGGAAGCUGCGGGCAUAACUGGCCACGUUAUGCUCUUAUGCAUGUUGCUUAUAUAUACCACGGCGCACAGAAGAAUUCGCCAGCAAUCGUUCGAGACGUUUUGGUAUACCCAUCAUCUUUUCGUUCCGUUCAUGCUGGCCCUUUAUACGCACGCAACGGGCUGCUUUGUCCGUGACAUUCCGGAGCCCAUUUCACCACUCGCGGGCAAGAGAUUUUGGCAACAUUGUAUUGGCUAUCAAGGUUGGAGGUGGGAAUUAAUUGGCGGAGCCUUCUACUUUGCUGAAAGAGUCUACCGGGAAAUUCGCAUAAGGAGGCCUACGGAAAUUACCAAAAUAAUCAAGCAUCCGUACGACGCAUUCGAAAUCCAGUUCCGAAUGCCCUCGAUGAAAUACAAAGCCGGCCAGUGGCUCUUUAUCAACGUGCCUGCGGUAUCUCGAGGCCAAUGGCAUCCCUACACCAUCACCUCCUGCCCCUUUGAUCCCUAUAUCUCCGUUCACGUCCGACAAGUCGGCGAUUGGACGUGCGAGCUUGCUGAUGCACUGGGAGCUGGUUCCUCUCAGGCAAAAGUUUACGAAGAGCUCGAUCCUCACGGCAUGUACGAAGUUGCUAUUCAGAAUGGCCAAUUGAUGCCCAAGAUUCGAAUUGAUGGACCAUAUGGAGCUCCAGCGGAGGACGUCUUUGACCACGAAGUCGCCAUCCUCGUAGGCACCGGUAUUGGUGUUACCCCAUGGGCGUCCAUUCUCAAAAAUAUCUGGCAUUUACGCUCAUCGCCCAACCCGCCGCGCCGUCUACGCCGCGUCGAGUUUUACUGGAUCUGCAGAGACACGUCCUCAUUUGAGUGGUUCCAGGCCCUGCUUUCUUCUCUUGAAUAUCAGGACAACCUUGACUUUUUACGUAUUCACACAUAUUUAACGCAGCGUCUCGACGCGGACACUGCACAGAACAUUGUGCUUAAUAGUGUUGGCAUGGCCAAAGAUCCCCUGACUGAAUUGCGAUCUCGCACGUGCUUUGGACGUCCGGAUUUUGUUAGGCUCUUUGCGGCGCUGCGCACAGCUAUUUUGGACGAGAGCUAUAUCGGUCCUUUAGAUCGAGAUAGGGCAGACGUAGGUGUUUAUUUUUGCGGACCGAAUCCUGCUGCAAGAGAGGUCCGGAAGGCAUGUAGAUUGGCGAAUAGUGAUGAGGUUAGAUUUCGGUUCUGGAAGGAGCAUUUCUAA